ACCGGACCACAGAAUUUUAUUAACUGAUUUUAUAAGUAAAAUCAAUGCAGAGAUUACAAUGUUUGGUUGGAUAACAAUAAUUAUCAAGUUGUUUCCUGCAUUAGCAUAUGGUUCAACGUUCAGACGUCUAAUCUAAUCAGCCCAAUCUAUCUAAUCAGCUGAAGAGGUUUAUUCCGUUUAAAGCACAUUUCAACUAGUUCUUAGUUUUGAACUUCAAUUCGUGACGGUCAAGUUAAUUUAGUCACCAGUGUUACAUGAUUCAUCUACCGAAGGAUACAAGUUCAUAAGUUACUUUGAGUUACGUUCAGUUACGUUGGUGUUCAUAAACGAUUCAAAAAUGAGUUCAACCGCUGAAAAUACAAGUGAAAAUUCUAAUUCAUUGGAGAAAUUCGCAAAUCGGUUCAACAGUCCAUCGUACAAAGGAAUAGAUUUUGAUUGUGAAUUCAUAGUUGGCACUGAAAAAAUUGUUAUAAAGGGACAUAAAUUUGUAUUCGCCGUGUCAAGUGAAGUUUUCCAAGCCAUGUUCUACGGUGAUUUGAAGGAGGAGAAAGCUGUCAUCGUUGAAGAUCUACAUGCGGACGGAUUUGAGUGUUUGAAGCAGUUCAUUUACACUGGUCAAGUGAAUUUCAGAUCGGCUAUGCAAGCAUUGCUGACGUUUGUUGCUGCUCGCAAGUAUCUGAUAGACGAGCUGAGCGAGGCGAGCACAAAGUUUGUGCUAGAAUGCAUGCGUCCUGCCGAUGUGCUGCAAAUCUACGAGUGUUGCAAAAUGUUCAAAACACCUCAGUUCGAAGACAAAUGUUGUGAAUUAAUUCAAGAAGCAACCGACCAAGUAGUUGCUAGUGAAUACUUCACCACCGUGCAACUCGAAACAAUCGAGUUGAUUUUGAAGUCAUCGCCACUGAAUCUGCAGUCAGAAUUGGACGUUUUCGAUCUGCUCGAACGGUGGGCCUUGGCUGAGGCCAGUCGCAGAGCUAUGACAGUCGAGAGAAUCGCCACAGACUUCAACUCGCUCAAAAAGCACAUUUGCUUUCUUACAAUGAACGGCAAUCAGUUUAUCACACGAGUUGUGGAGUCUCCGCUGUUAACGCAGCAAGAGAAACUUGUUAUUGGAGUCAACCUGAUCGAAUUGAAUGCAAAACCAAUGCCAGAAAGUAUUUCUACGAAGUCUCAGCUGCGUCACUUUAUUGGCCAAACUUGUACUAUCAAACAUCAUACUUUCGUAUUUGAACUUGACAGCUACAAAGAUCAAAGUACUGAAUGUAAUGCAAAUUUUUGUACAUUUACGUUACCUUUCUACAUUAUCAAAAUAGAUGAUUAUGUUUGCCUCCGAAUGAGACCUAGAUCCUUAAUAGACUCUCUUGAAAUGCUGGUGUGUUCUAUUGAAACAAAACUUCGAGUAUUAGCCACAAACAGUUGCAAUGAUCUUUUCAUCAAAAAAGACUGCGAUUUCAUAGGUAAAAAAUUCGAUUUGAGAUCUGAUCAGAAGUCUAAGGCGUGUACUAUUGCUGCUAUUCCCUUAAGCAAGAUAAACAAACCACGCUUUUUGCGAGGAGCCAAUACAGUACACAUUGAAGGCACAUUCGAAAUCAAGAAACUAGAAUAAAGUGGCUGCUUAAUAUGGAGUUACACAUUAAGUUUCUAAUCAUUUUUGUCGUUUCUAAAUUUAGUUUCUUAUCAAAAUUAUAGUUUCUAAGUUUUCACCUCCGAUCCUUAUUUUUUUCAUUCACGAUUUUCAUAAAGUAAUAUUUGAUUCUAAAUUUGGGUGGUAAAGGAAUCGUUGUACAAUUGAAACUUAUUUUUUCCUCCUAAGACAUUAGAUUAUUAUUUAAUUUAGACAUUGAAUUACACGAUAAAAAGAGCACAAUAAAAACUGAUAUGAUAGAAUACGGAAUAUUGAAACUGUGUUAAAAGAGUUUUGAAUAAAAUUACUUAAAUUUUUUAUUGAUUUCGUUUAUUGUUGGAUUCAGAAGUUCCCUAAUAAUAGAAAGUUGUGAUUGAUAAUAGGAUUGGAAUUUAAUAUUCAUAUUUAUUAUUUUAUGUUAGGUUUCUUAUUAUUUACCAGAAGGUAACCCGUGCUUUGUACUAGGGAAAAUUUUGUCUUAAAAAUUGAAAACUCCUCAUGUCCAGGAAACAUGACAAAAUAGAUUAAUUACUUAUUAUUUUAUGAAUAUUACGUGGAUUAAUUUUCAUCAGAGUUAAAAAUUCUGAAGCAAAAAGAAUUGAAAUUCAUUUCUUUAUUAAUACGAUUCUAUUGAUCAUUU